AUGGAUAUUCACUGCAAAGCAGACCCCUUCUCCGCGAUGCACCUAUCCCACGCAGGGCACGGCGGUGUGAACCAGCUCGGCGGGGUGUUUGUGAACGGCAGACCCCUCCCGGACGUGGUGAGGCAGCGGAUCGUGGAGUUGGCCCACCAGGGCGUCCGGCCCUGCGACAUCUCCAGACAGCUACGGGUCAGUCACGGCUGUGUCAGCAAAAUCCUCGGCAGGUACUAUGAAACCGGCAGUAUUAAACCCGGAGUCAUUGGUGGCUCCAAACCAAAGGUUGCAACCCCGAAAGUGGUGGAUAAAAUUGCUGAUUAUAAACGCCAGAAUCCAACCAUGUUCGCUUGGGAGAUAAGGGACCGACUACUGGCUGAGGGCGUCUGCGACAACGACACUGUCCCCAGCGUUUCAUCUAUCAACAGGAUUAUCCGCACCAAAGUCCAGCAGCAAUUCCACCCUUCCCCUGACGGAUCUGUCACGCCACUCUCCACGCCCGGUCACACCAUAGUGCCCAGCACAGCCUCCCCCACUGUGACCAGCGCCUCAAACGAUCCCGUAGGAUCCUACUCCAUCAACGGCAUUCUGGGUAUCCCCCGCUCCAACGGCGAGAAGAGGAAACGAGACGAUGUUCUCUGGAGUGGCAACCACUUGGAUGGGAGGAAAAUAGGACAUUAUGGCUCUGAUGGCUCAGGCCCCGGUAGCGACUCUCAGGGCAGUGUGGAGAGUUUAAGGAAGCACCUGCGAGCAGACGCCUUCACCCAGCAGCAGUUGGAAGCUCUGGACCGUGUGUUUGAACGCCCCUCUUACCCCGAUGUCUUCCCCACUUCAGAGCACAUCAAACCCGAGCAGGCGAAUGAAUACUCACUCCCGUCCCUCAACUCUGGCCUGGAAGAUGUGAAGCCGAGCCUUUCCAGCAGCGGCAGCUCCGAUCUCGCCUCCAGUGUCUCCCAGAGCUACUCUGUUGUGACAGGUCGAGACAUGGCCAGCACCACCCUACCUGGCUACCCGCCUCAUGUCCCCCCCACGGGACAAGGCAGCUACCCCACCUCCACACUCGCUGGAAUGGUUCCUGGAGGGGACUUUUCUGGAAACCCUUAUUCUCAUCCACAGUACACCACUUACAACGAAGCAUGGCGGUUCAGCAAUCCAGCAUUAUUAAGUUCCCCUUAUUAUUAUAGUGCCGCAUCCCGUGGCUCCGCACCUCCCACUGCUGCCACUGCCUAUGACCGCCACUAG